GCCUUAUGAGAGAAAAUGAAAAGUUCAGGGCUGCGGUGUGGGGUUACCUCAUUGUUUACUUUCUGAAAACACCUCCUGCGGCUAAUUCGUGUAAAAAAUCUGACAUUAACGGAACAUAUCCGCGCCGGUAAGCCCGAGAAUUCAUGCUGUUUUUAAACGAUCAGCUUUAAAUGGAUGAACACAAGGAGAACAUCCACGGCCAGGACGACAAUGUGAAGAUGUCUGAUGUAAAAGAAGAGGAGAAGGAGAAGCCUUGCAGCAGAUUAUGUCCUGCUGGAGAAUCGGCUCCUCAGGAGUCCUCAUCUCAGUCGAAGGGCGACUUCAGCCAUCCGGUGUACAAAGAGAUCGCGUUGGCCAACGGGCACAUCAACCGCAUGACGAAGGAGGAGCUUCGGAUCAAAUUAGCGGAGCUUAAGCUCGACACGCGAGGAGUGAAGGAUGUGAUGAAGAAGAGGUUGAAGAGCCACUAUAAGAAGCAGAAGCUGAUGCAGACGGCAGCAGAGGGAGGCCCCACUGACACUUACUACGACUACAUCUGUGUGGUGGACUUUGAAGCCACGUGUGAAGAGGAUAAUCCCUCAGACUUCCUCCAUGAAAUCAUUGAGUUCCCUAUGGUUCUCAUCAACACGCACACCUUGGAGAUUGUGGACACGUUUCAGGAGUACGUGAAGCCCGAGCUGAAUCCACAGCUUUCAGACUUCUGUGUGAAGUUAACGGGAAUAACUCAGAAAAUGGUCGAUGAAGCAGACCCAUUCCCAGUAGUCCUACAGCGAGUUGUGUCAUGGCUUCAGGAGAGGGAACUCGGAACAAAAUACAAAUACGCCAUCCUGACUGACGGGUCGUGGGAUAUGAGUAAGUUCCUCAACAUCCAGUGUCGAGUUAGCCGGAUCAGAUAUCCUCCGUUUGCAAAGAAGUGGAUUAACAUAAGGAAGUCAUACGGAAACUUCUACAAGGUGCCGCGUACACAGACGAAGCUGAGCACCAUGCUGGAGAAGCUCGGCCUGACGUACGAAGGUCGCCCUCACUCUGGGCUCGACGACUCCCGCAACAUAGCGAGGAUAGCAGUCCGCAUGCUGCAGGACGGCUGCCAGCUGCGCGUCAACGAGCGCAUGCACGCCGGCCAGCUGCUCUCGGUUCCCAGCUCAGCCCCUGUGGAAGGAGCUCCGCCCCCAUAUAAACCACGGAGCAGGGACUAGAACCCCAACCUCUGUGUGACUCAUUACUCCUGAAAAUACUGAAAAUCUACUGGAGCUUCAAGGUUCCUCUCUGAGCUUUUGUUUUAAAAUGGAACAUUCCUGAAUUUUCCUGGGUGGAUUUUCCUUAAGAGCUUCAGGGUGUUAAAUCUGCCUCGCCACACCUUAUUGAGCUGCUGAUUUUCAACCCUAUCAUUCAAAUAUCUUUCAGUUGUCCUGUGGUGGAGAGAAUUUAAUUUUUACCCUCAACAAUAUAAAAAAUUCUGAUCUGCAGCUUCAUAUGAACGCAUAACUUUUUUUUUUUUUAACUACUGUGCUAAUAAAACACAAUGCUGCUGUUGAGGUGCUGCACGAUGACAGAGCCAUCACGUCACCGCGAGGGUAACGGGCUCGUGGACUCUUACAUCCUACAGCCCCGGCUUUAUUUUGGCAAACCUCUUAAAGAAAAGCUGUUAACGACUUUAGCCCGUGUUGUACUGUUGUGUCAUGUGUGUGGAUGUUGGUUUCAUUUUAAUUUCAUGAAUGAGCAUAUAUUUUAACAGAAAUAUCUCUGCAGAUCUUCUGAAUGCUACGAAAUGCAAAUAAAAGGUUUUUGUUUGCAGUUUUUCAUCUUCA